UGACAGUCUUUAAAAGCUCACCCACCGGUUCGUCGACUCUUGUACAUUUCGAUUACCUCAUUAUCUUGUAUCGACGUGAGCGAAGCUCUGCAUCUCCAGUGUAGUGUUAACAAUUGCGAGGGACUAAAGAAUACUUUUAAGUCCUGGAAAAAUGAAUUUCACGUGGUUAAACGCGUUAUCACCGUUAAUAGUGCUCCUGUCCGUACUGCAUCUGUCCAUUGCUGAUUCCGAUUGUCCCGAUAUAAUCUCAAAAUCACAAUGGGGCGGAAGGCGAGCAAAACGUGUAAAUUACCUGAUAAUACCGCUUCCGUACGUCAUAAUUCACCACACAGUAACACCCAAUUGCACCAUUCGUAGUCAUUGCAAGAAUAGGAUGAUAAAUACUCAAGAUUACCACAUGGACAUUUUUGGCUGGGACGACAUCGGCUGCUCAUUCUUUAUUGGGGGAGACGGUAGCGUGUACGAAGGUGUAGGAUGGAAUUAUGAAGGCUCACAUACCUUGGGGUAUAACAGGAAAUCUGUGUGCAUUUCUUUCAUCGGUUCUUAUCAGGAUAAACCUGCGAGCCAGAAGAUGUUGGAUGUCGCGCAUGACCUUAUAAAAUGUGGCAAAUCUCUAGGAAUCUUACGAAGGAGUGUUAAGGUACUCAAUGCUCGACAAGUUUCCAGUACUCUAAGUCCUGGGAGUGAAUUAGCUAGGCAAAUUGAAUCAUGGCCAGAAUGGGCAUCUGAGCCCUAAUCCAUCCCCAAGUGUUCAAUUACCCAAAACAAGAUAAGUACUCAGAAAAGUAUUCGGUACUCUACAACUCGUGCACCUCGUGCAUCACCCAGAAUCAACGCAAUACUAUUACAUAACAUGCAAUUAUACACGAGUAAAAUGUUCUGUCCAAAUAGAUACUUCACGACCCUCUUUGUUUAACCAUAUACCAGUAUUUUACAAUUACAUAUUAAUUAAUUUUGUUCUUAAAUACACGAGAAUGGCUGCCAAA